AGUCGAUAGUGCUCGCCCGGCGCGAAACCAUCGCGUUCCUGAUUCAAAUUUUUAAAAUUUGAACUUUCGAAUGGCCCUUUGGAUGCGUUCGUAAACUCGCGCUUUUGACAUAAAACAUAGACUAAGGACUUAAAAAACUUCUGUGCUGUGUUGCCAGUGAAUUUUUUUACCGUGAUUUUAUAUGAUUUUGUGUUAAAUAGUAAAGUUUGUGACAAGUUGCGGUUAAAGUUCACUACACGCGUUCACCUCUGGCUGUACUUGUAGAGUUUAUAUGUUAUAAGGAUUUAUUUAAACGUGCUGAAUUCAUUAAUAAGUGUUUUGUGAAUAUAUUGACAAUUAUUAAAAAAAUACUUCUUUGAAAGAAACCACGUUGACAUAAAUUAUAUGGAUUUGAAACAAGGACAAACAACGUUAGUUAUGUGACGUACAUAAUGAGGUACCGCGUCGAUUUGACGCACUCUCAAUGGACUUUGGAGAACUAGUGGUGUGCAACUACAGAAUAUCGAUAGUCGAUUGUGAAUACAAGAUAAAUACGAAUGAACACCCUGAUGCUGACGACUAGUGGUGCGGUGGAAGAUCAGCCGUGUGUGGAUAGUAACAUGUCUUUUUCGUCUUACAAUAUGAUGGACUCGGGGGGUGCCGGUAUCGCAGAAUCUCCACCAACUUACCAUCGCACCUACGAGCAAUACGUCCAAGGAGCUGUCGAGAACAGUACUGACUCAGCUCAAGACCAAACCAGUCCAGAACUGGUGGUCUGGUCCACACUACCGUACGGCUUGGACUAUAGGACUCAAUAUGAAUAUAGAAGUCCUUAUGACACUACCAGAGACUAUACCACACAGCAAUAUGCAAGAGCCCCCUUUACAACAAAAAUGGGGCAAGCAAAAGCUCUGAAAGAGGCCAGAAUAAGGAGGCCUAUGAACGCCUUCAUGGUUUGGGCGAAGGUGGAACGGAAAAAAUUAGCUGAUGAGAAUCCAGACCUACACAACGCCGACCUGAGUAAAAUGCUAGGUAAAAAAUGGCGUUCGUUGACCCCGCAAGACAGACGACCGUACGUCGAGGAAGCCGAACGUCUUCGGGUUAUCCACAUGACUGAGCAUCCUAAUUACAAGUACCGUCCACGGCGAAGGAAACAAAACAAGACUAGACCGAACCAGCCAGCGGCACCAGCUAGCGCGCCUCCUGCUGCCUCCGCUGCAUUAGGAUCUCCGUACGCUACAGGAACGGAUUCCCCAGAUACUCGCUUUUCACAUAAUCCUGCUGCCGGCUUCUCUCCUUACCGCACCUCGCCCCUUGCCUCCGACUACCAGGCUAACCAGUAUAACGGACACGUUCAAACACCGGAGUCUUCACCAGCAAGAUCUCCAGAACCACAAGGCAGGAGAAGUGCGCCAGCUGAAGCUCCCCUUCCUACACCCGAUGCUUCUCCUGUCGAGAAUGAAAAAGAAAACUUCCAGUACGAAGAACGACGAAGAGCUAUAAAUGCUUCGUCGAUCUCGGACUCUUACUCCUAUAAAUUCAGAACCCCUGUUUCCUUUUCACCAGCACCUGUUGCUGCUAUGGGAAUGGCAAAUGGCAUGUACGUUAUGUGCACGCAAAGGACACUGGCCGAGCAGCCUCCGUUAGUAACGGGCACGUUCUUUCCGCCAGUAGCGACAUCUCAAGAUCAACAGACCCUCGGUAAUUCAGCUCCAAGGGUUUCUUCCGCACCAAGCGGUUCUCUGAACACAGAAUACAAUAUCCAGUAUCAUCCGUACGAACAAUAUGAACACAUGUACAAAACCGAGGACUCGUAUGUAUCGCAUUAUCCCGAACAGCCGAAAACAGAGUACGACGCGGGUGGUAAUUACUUCUCCGAGGAACCACCGUCGAACCAGCCACCUGAAUCGGAACAAGGAUUUAUGAGCGCACGUCCAGAAAUAAGAACUGGCUCACCCGAAUCAGAUGUAGAUGCUCGAGAGUUUGACAAGUACUUGGACUACGGGACAGAAGGAACAAUGGAACAACAUCAGCAAUAUAGAUAUGAACAACAAGGGUACAGACCUUAUUGCGGCGACCCCGCACCAGCAUUAGAAUAUUGUUCCGAAAGAAUGUACGCUUCGCCAUAUCCGACAGUUAUCGCUGGGGCUCCUCCGCCAGGAACUUAUGCGCCGCCUGCACCAGGUGCCGAGGUUCGGCCAGAAGAUGAAUUUAGUGUAAUCUUAGCUGGAGUAAGACAGACUUGUUACAGUAACUGACUAGACGGCUCGGACUCGGAAUAGGAAUAUUCAGGAUUUUCCCUGAUUAUAGCCCAAAGAGUUUUUUUUUUAAAUUGUUUAGUUAAAGGUUCUGCUGUAAACACGCUUAUGCAGCAAAUUAAGUGAUUUAAUUUUAUAUGUGAAGCAAGAAACAAAGCACACAAUAUUUUUGUGGCCGUAUUGGAACAUUUAGAUUAUGGAGUUUGAUAUGGUUAUUACAUGUUUGUUUGUUUUUCUUUUUAAUACAAAAGAUACAUGAAUUUAAUUGCUCUAUGAACGUCAUAAAUGCGCUACAAGCUGUAAAUUAAUUGUAGAUAAAUCAAUGAUAUUUAAUAAGUAUACUUUUGUACUGCACCACAAAAUAUUCGUUAGUCUUUCCAAGGUGAUGUAGUGUCUAUGAAUGAAGAGAGAUUUAAAAAAAUAGUUUACGAUAUUUGUGGCUGUCUGUGUCAAAUUAUGCUAAUUAUAACGUAGUAAGUUCGGCUUUUAAUUUCCAAACGAAACUAUCGUAUCUAUACUUUUAUCAAAUAUCAUUGUUUAUAGUUUGAUUUUCGCGCGUAAAACUAAUUUGUAUUUAGAAAUAAUUCUUUAAUGAAAUGUGUAUACAAUAUUUCACAUAUGUAUAUAUACGAAUGGUGCUGUCCAACGUCCU